GGGGCAUCCAUAAAUAUCUUUUACAUUUAUUGAUAGUCACAUUGGACGAUUUUCGUGCUAGAUUUGAUUGAUUCAGGUGGUUAAAAAUGUCCUGGACCUUCGAAGAUACCGCUGACAAUUGACAGAAUGAGGUGGAUGUUUGUCCAGACCUUGCGCCAGACUGCGCGGCUCCGGACUGCUAACAUUCUCCCUCGUUUACCUGCUCCUCGCUUGAUACAUACCACGCCCACAAUGGCAGAAGAAUAUAUAGAGAAACUGAAAAAUGAAAAUCCUUAUUUCUCUAAAUAUGCCGAGAAGAUUGCCAAGCUCCAACAAACAUCCGCCGAGGAGCUGGAGCGGAGAGUGCAGGAGAAGAGCGAGCGCGACCGCGCCACCCAAGACUCGGCCGCCGCCCGCUCCUUCUCCGUGAAGGCGCCGAAGCCGGCCGCCGCGGAGGUGGUCCAGGCCAAGCCUAAGAUGCUGAACGAUGUUCUCAAGUUGGAGCUGAUCCAGGACAAGUCCAGCGAGGAGAUCGGAAAGCUGUGGACAGAGUAUUUCAAGACGAAAGACAGCGUGUCGGCGGUGAUACCGGCGAAAGAUUAUCAAGAUAUCGCCCAAAAUGCUGCGAAAUACCCGACGUUUUUGUUCCCGUUGCCACGCGACCAGGGCUACGAGUUUGUGGUAGCGCAGUUCGCCGGGAACGAGGCGCACUUCACGCCACUCAUCAAUUACCAGGCCUACAAGGAAAACGCACCAGAGUGCAUGGCGAUGGUGCACUACCCGGAGCUGGCCGAGAGCAAGGGUGUGGUGCUGAUGGCGGCAGAGUACGACAGCACCGUGCUGAACGCCAGCGAGGCGCAGUGCCUGGCGAACGAGAUGCAGCUGUAUUACUGCCGGCCGAGCGAGAGGCGCCGCCAGCUGCUGGACCAGUUCACCACGCAGCCGGAAGCCUUCCGCUACCAGGAGCUCAUAUCCGUGCUGGAGAGCAUUCAGCUGUCUUAGCCUCAUCCCGCCGUCAGCUGGCAGCGGCUGUACAGUACGUGCGCCCGUCGUUUUCGUCCCGCCGUGUGCAACGCACUGGAGCGGAGCUCAUGCAGCUGUCCCAGCCUGACCUUCGUUGUCGGCUGCUGCUGCCGUGCUGAUGGCAGGCGGCUGCAAGAGGGGAGUGCAGGGUGUGCGUGCGGUGGCGCCGCUCGUCCGUGGGUCAGCGCGGCGCCGCGGGACACCCAGCCCUUGAGACGGACUCUGCCGCAUGGGGAGAGCCGGGCCGGGCGGCGCGACGCGUCCUCACUGCACCGGAGACCACCUCUGGCGGCGGCGCGGACCGCCGUCGGACCCG